AGUGCUGGUUCAAGUCUUCCUCGCCCACGCCACACCGACCCGCACACAGCUGCCAGCGCCCGCUGCGGCCAUGCAGGGGACGUUCUUCCCGAUCAGCGAGCUGUCGACGUACCAGAGCAAGUGGACCAUCCGUGCGCGUGUCACCUCGAAGGGGCAGGUUCGGACCUUCCGCAAGGGCAGCGGCGAGGGGCAGGUCUUCCACGUCGAGUUGCUGGACGCCGAGGGGGGCGAGAUCCGCGCCACCUUCUGGGGUGAUGCCGUCACCCUGUUCCAGGACAAGCUCCAGAAGGGCAAGUGCUACACCUUCUCUGGCGGCAGCCUUCGCGUGGCCAACCGGCAGUUCAACCAGUGCAACCAUCGCUACGAGAUCAACUUUGACAAGGCUGGGAAGAUCGAGGAGGUCGAGGACGUGGCCCAGAUCGAGAAGAACGUCUUCAAGCUGGUGGAUCUGCGAACGGUGCAGUCCCGGCCGCCCCCCUUCACGGCGGAUCUCUGCGGCGUCAUCACGGCCUUCCAGCCCAGGGUGGCCUUCACCUCCAAGGACGGCAAGGAGCUCGUCAAGCGAGAGGUCACCGUGGCCGACGACACCGCCACCAGCAUCGUGGUCGCCCUGUGGGGCGAGCGGGCGCAGCGGGAGGACUCGGCCUUCGCCGGCAACCCUGUCGUGGUGAUGAAGGGCGUGACCUACAAGGAGUGGAACGGUGGCCUCAGCGCCUCGCUGUCCGAGGGCGGCGAUCUCGUCUUCGGCAGCGAGCUGCCAGACGCGCAGCGGAUCGCGCAGUGGUGGUCCAAGGACGGCUUGGCCAAGGAGGUCAAGGCGCUCUCGAACCCGGGCCCCGGCGGGCGGGGCCCCUCCGGGGCUGCGGUGGAGGAUCUCGCGGACCUGCGCCGCCACGCCGAGCAGGUCCUCGCCGAUCAGGGCAAGGUCUUCUCCGUCCCGGCCCGGCUCUUCCAGGUGCAGAUGCGGAAGCAGGGCGAGGCGCAGCCUCUCGUCUACAUGGGCUGCCAGGAGCCGAAGGAGGGCAACGGGCUCCCCUGCAACCGCCGCGUCGACGAGAGCGGCUUCUGCGCCGCCUGCAACCGCGCCGGCAAGGCUGCACCGAGGCUCGCCCUCCGCUGCAAGUUCUCCGACCUCGCGGACAGCCCCUGGAUGACCACCUUCCACGAGGCCUCGCAGAAGGCCGUGGGCAUGAGCGCCGAGCAGAUCAAGGCGCUCGAGGAUGGCGAGGGGCGGGAGGCCGUUGAGGCGGCCAUCCGUCGGGCCUACAUGCUGGAGCCCGUGCAGCUGACGGUGCGAGCGAAGUACGACUACUACAAUGGCGAGCCCCGCACGAACGUGACGUGCAUCGACGUGCGGCCGGUGUCCAGGGGCGAGCGUGGGCGGGCCAUGCUGCAGGAGAUCGGCCACAUGCUGGCGGCGACGAAGGCCUGAUCGGCAGGAGGCCUGACCGCGGGAGGCCUCCUGAAGCCCUUCGGCGCCCGGUGUGGCCGCCCCGCGGCAGAGGUCUGACCUUGGGAGGCCUGACCGGGGGCGUGCGUCGGAGCGGCACCCGCUGCACCGUGCACGGUCGGUUGGCAACAGCAGACUGUGCCCGCUGUGGGGCGCGUUCUCCUCCUCGACCUCCUCCCUCCUCCUCCCCCUCCUUCUUCUCCCUCUCUUCUCCUCCUCCUCCUCCCUCUUUUUCACGGGGUACCGUAGGACCCCGCCUCCACGAGCGGGGGCCUGGCGCUUGUCGAUCACCACCUCGCCACCUGGGGGACGAGCGCCACUCGCGGAGGCCGAGUCCACGGAGCUGUGACGUCGUGGGGGCGCGCCAGCAACAAAAA